GACCAAGACUCUGUUUGAGGAGAUCCGCGCCUCCAUCAGCAGUAAUGUGGAGGGCGAGCGCUCCUUCUGGAGACCCGUGCUGCCGUGGGGCGGCGUCUUCAGCAUCCGGGCGGGCCGCAGAGCCAUCGCCAGCACACCCCUGUAUGUGGAGAUCAGCCUGAAGAACACCUGCACCAUCGACGGCUUCCUCAUGCUGCUGUACGUCAUCCUGCGGGACAACCACAGCUUCGCCAGAGAGGUGGCGCUGUUCCUGGGCAAACGCUUCGUCCAGCACUUCCUGUACCUGAUGGACUCGUGCGACUACACCACGGUGAAGAUGCUGUGGAUCUGGGACCGCAUGUCCAAACGGCAGUACCGCUCCGAGAUCCACCACGCGGCGCUGGAGAUCGACCUGUUCGGGAACGAACACGAGAACUUCACCAAGAACCUGGAGAACCUGAUGUCCACCGUGCAGGAGAGCUGGUGCUCCAACUGGAGCUGCCCGUCCCGCUUUCAGGAGCACCUGCUCAAGACCAUCUGCAUCAGGCCUCCUCAUGAGUUUCCAGAUAAAGGCCUGAUCCAGCGGUCUCUGGACGAGUUCUUCUGCCCGCGGCUGCAGCUCUGCCAGGAACUCCAAUGUGAGGGUCUGCGUGAGUUCAGCACGAGGCUCUUCUGUCACGGUCCUCCCCCGUUUGUGAUUCUCAACAUGCAGAUGUGGAGCUCAGAGGAGCUGGAGCUGUCCUACCUGCCCUAUCACCUGGAGCUCUCCCAGCAGAGGUACUCUCUGGAAGGCGCCACACUCUUCAGCAGGGACGAUCAUCAUUACUCUGCCGUGUUUCAGAUGGACGGCUGCUGGCUGCAUUAUGACGGUCUGCGCACGGAUAAUCUGGUGCUGCUGCGUGAACCGCCGGCGCUGCUGCUGCUGUCCUCACUCGUCUACAUCAGAAACACACACAAAUGACACACACUUCACACACUCUUUUAGACUUUUACAGCACUGUUUUCUGCUUGGAAUCCAAGAAUCUGUGCGUGGACUAU